AUGAGUUCUGCUCAACAAACGCCUGCGUACGACAUGACUGGAGAAGAUACCCAUCUCGACUUUCACCAAAGACUCGAUGCGGCUGCAGUCGACUCUGUCUUGAGGUCGUCCACUCCUCGAACGUCGUCAACCCAAACUGCUCGCCACUCCCACGAGGAGCAGGGCAAGCCGAAUAGGGCGAAGUUGAAGGCGGGCGUCAUUGACUUGACGGCGAGUGACGCGGAAGAGGACGUCCAACAAGUUGCUGUCAAAGUGGAGCCCGUCGACUCCAACGCUUCGCAAGACCCCAUGGCCGCCCUCAGCGAACGUUUCGAGACCAUGAUGGACGAGUCGCUAAGUAAGACGUGGCUGGUUCUCCAGCUACAGCGGCAACUGAAGGACAGUCGCGCGGAAACCGUACGUCUACGUGAGGAGAACGAUCGCCUUCGCCAAGCUUUGAGGAAUUUGGUGGAGCCUGUUACAGGGUCCGCUCCUUCUCAUCCCUAA